CUCUAGCCUCCCCCAAUUUACUGCUAACCUGACCCAGAUCCGUCACCUGAGGGUCGAUCUAGAGAAUGCCGUUAUGAUCAAUGACGUCGCCAGGCUCGUUAUAGUCACGGGAAAGCCAUGCUCUAGGCGCACAUGGCUGUCUUGUCCGAUGGAAGCCAUCCGGUAAAGCCUGGUUGCUUGGAUAGAAAUCCUGUCAGGCAUGACCAGAAAAAAAAGCAGUGAAACAUUUCUCGACCCGCAGGAGGUUUAUAGCGCGGAGUCAUUCGUCAUCGGAUGGGACAGGUCAGGUUACACAGAUCCAUACUGCGAUGCGGAAAACCGAAGUUCACCACUGAGCAUGAUUUUGCAAUCGACUGUUGGUGUACUUUGGGAGACCCUCGGCUGACUUGCUAGUACGCGUGUUGUCAAGAAAUGGGGCUUCCCUAGCGAAGAGGAAAAAUGAAAAAGAAAAAGGUAAAAGACAUGAGUAAGACUAUUGAUCAAGAUUUUACCUGUCUCUCCAUUCUUUGGCGGGGGUGCUUGGAGGGAAACGGGGGCCGGUUUGGCGGGAAAUAACUCAUACUGUCCUCAUGAUCACCGACAAGACAGUAACAGAGGCCUGGUUGACUGGUCGGGCUUUUCUUCAUGGCCCCGGCGUUGAGAAAAAAAAUUAAACCCAACUGCUUGUCG